CGACACUCCCUCUCAACGCGCAUCUUCUGCACAUUUCCCAGUAGAUUGCGCUUUUAGUCCGUGUCGUCAUGUACCCUCAUGACUUCGCGGACUCUCAGCCAGAUUCCGUAGCAGAUGCGGUGACCGCAAUGAAGCUGGAGCGUCCAAGUUCCGCAGACGGUCGAACUACCGUCAAUGGCCGUCCUGUGAAGGACGAGCCAACAGACAACGGCCUCGAUUCCGUUCCCAACCGCAGGUCGACAACUGCAACAUUAUCUGUCAAUGACAUGCCUUUGUCUGCCAUCAAAUCCCGCAGUCCAUCCAGUUCCCCCGUCAAGCCAGCCGGCGAUUUGGAUGCGACCGAGGAGAAAAUCCGGGGGGAUGUUACUGUCAAGCUGGAGCCUGGUCAACCCCCGAAGCUGGCUCGCAGUUCCUCCCAAAAGGUCGUUGCUCGACCUCCUCAGUUGUUUCUGGAUUUGCCCGACAGUACUGAGGAAGCCCGUUCUUCUUUCGAGACGCUGGAAGUUUGUACCUACGCUAACAAGUACAUGGGCUAUACGGAACACGCCAUGGAAUGCGACUGUGCGGAGGAAUGGGAUCCCGCUCAAUCCAAGAAUCAUGCAUGUGGAGAGGACUCUGAUUGUAUCAACCGCGCAACGAAAAUAGAAUGUGUAGGCGACUGUGGCUGUGGGCCUGAAUGCCAAAACCAGCGAUUUCAGCGAAAAGAGUACGCGAAGGUGGCCGUUAUCAAAACAGAGAAGAAGGGUUAUGGUCUCCGUGCAGAGACCGACUUGCGACCGCACCAGUUCAUCUACGAGUAUGUCGGUGAAGUCAUCAACGAAGCUCAGUUUCGUCGACGCAUGAGGCAAUACGAUGAGGAAGGAAUCAAACAUUUUUAUUUUAUGUCUCUCAACAAAGGCGAGUUCGUCGAUGCGACUAAGAAAGGUAAUCUGGGUCGGUUUUGCAACCACUCGUGCAAUCCUAACUGCUAUGUUGAUAAGUGGGUCGUGGGUGAGAAGCUUCGAAUGGGUAUAUUCACGGAACGGAGCAUUAAAGCUGGCGAGGAGCUUGUUUUCAAUUACAAUGUCGACCGCUAUGGGGCUGAUCCUCAACCAUGCUACUGUGGCGAGCCAAAUUGUACAGGGUUCAUAGGUGGAAGAACUCAGACGGAACGCGCUACCAAAUUGUCGAAUGCCACUAUAGAGGCGCUUGGAAUCGACGACGCUGAAAGCUGGGACACCGUAGUCGCGAAGAGACCACGGAAGAAGAAGAUGGGCGAGGACGACGAAGAGUAUGUCGACAGUGUACAACCCAAGUCACUCGGCGAAGAUGGCGUUACCAAGGUUAUGGCAGCUCUGAUGCAGUGUAAAGAGAAAUGGAUUGCCGUCAAGCUUUUGGGGCGGAUUCAACGAUGUGAAGACGAGCGCGUUCGGAAUCGUGUGGUGAAGAUGCAUGGCUACCAAAUUCUAAACUCGCAACUUAGCAUGUGGAAGGAAGAUUCCAACGUUGUAUUGCAGGUCUUCGAUAUCUUGGAAAAAUUCCCACGUCUCACGCGGAACAAGAUUAUCGAUUCAAAGAUUGAAAAUACGAUUCAGCCGCUAACUAGCUGUGGUGACGAACGUGUUGAAAAGAGAGCGGCCUCGCUCAUGGAGGUCUGGGCAACGCUUGAAGUCGGCUAUCGCAUUCCUCGAAUGAAGAGAGAUCGGACUACGGCAGCUUCUACAAAGGCCUUCAAUCAAUUCGAACGUCGAGAGACCACGGGAGACGACCGUAAGAUAUCAAGAUCUCGUUCACGGUCAAGGUCGCGGUCUCUGGAAGCGCCUCGUGGGCCGGCAGCUCAGACAAGAGGUGGCCAUGGCCAAAGGAAUAAUUACCACCACGGACCCCGACCAUUUCGCCGUCCUUUUAACCCACUGCCGCCGGGAUGGUUUGCUGCCGAAUCCAAUGGUCGGACUUAUUACUACUCAUCCCGAGGCGACACAACAUGGACUAAGCCGACGGCGCCCGCUCCUCAGCCUCCUCCACCUCCUAAGCCCGAAUCAAGAGAUAAAGCACUACAGGAUAUUAUCGAUGGUAUCAUGAAUGCUAAAGAAAACACGCCCAAGGAGCAGACGAAUACUCCAGGAACGCCUCAAGUUUUAUCAGCUCAUACGCCUGAUAAGGCUGGAAAGAAAGAUAAAUGGAAGACUUACAGCGAGGAGAAGCAAAAGAAAAUAUAUGAAAACACCCUGUUCCCUCACAUUAAAUAUGUCGUGGACAAGUUCAAGCACAAGCUUCCGAAGGACGAAUUGAAACGACAUGCAAAAGAAAUUGCCAAAAAGCUUGUCAAUUCCGACUUCAAAAAUAACCGCGUCGAAGAUCCUACCGUCGUCAGCGAAAAGCAACAGAAAAAAGUAAAGAAAUUCUGCAAGGAAUAUUUCGACAAAGCCGUUGUAAAGCACCGGGAACAUGAGAAGAAGAAAGCCGCAAAGAAGGCGAAGGAGAAUGGCGAGAAAGAAACACCGGAAACACAUCAGACGGAGAAAGACGAUGAGAGCGACAACGAAGCGCUAGACGUGAAGAUGUCUGACGAUGAGGCAGGGAAGGAAGAAAGUAGAAGCUCCCCCAUGGAUGCUGGAGAACCAGGCGCAGGCUUGAAACGGAAAAGGGAAGAACUGAAGCUGGACGGAGAGGCAGUCGACGAGUGCGACUCACCUUCGAAGAGGCAGAGGUCUUCAACACCACCUCCACCCCCCCCCCCUCCGAUGAGCCCGAGCGGCGAAAAGAAGGGCGUGGAGGAGGCUGUUACUACGAGCAAGUCAGAAGAAUCUGUCAGCUCAGGAGGUAAUCAGACGUGGGAUAUUCCGUCUCCUGCACCACCGCCACCUCCUCCUCCACCACCCCCAGAGCGUCAGAAUGACAGUUCCAUCCGCGCUGAAGUGGAAACAGAUCUAUCUUCGGGGCCGAACGGCCUUCAAGGGCAGAUAGACACGGACCAGUUUUCUUCGCAUCCGGCGGAGGGAAAGCUCCAACCUUCGCAACUUGGCAUUGAAGGAAAGGUUUAGUAUGGCGUUCAGUGUUUCCUAUAAAGGUCAAAAGACAUGAAGCUCUCACGAUACAGCUUCUGUCAAGCAAGCAUUUGGGGAUAGAUGCGGACCGGAGUUUGUAGGUUUGUUGUCGUUGCCAUGAAAAUUUUUUUUUCUCGUGGGUUUUAUAUCAUUUUUAUUUAUUAUCUCUUCUUUUCGCCUUCUGAAUUAUUUUGACCUCUUCAUACCCUGUCCUCAAAUACCCCCACCGGCGCAUUGAUUAUCGAGAUGGUAUAUGUUGCAUACUUGCUUUAGGUAGGCAAAGACAAUUUCGGACUUGCGUUCAGCGCGAUUGACCUGUUUCCCUCUUAUUAACCCCGACAAGGUGGUAUUUGUAUUCUCAUUCAAGUCGUACGUCUCUCUAUUCAUGAAAGAGAAAGAAAGCAGAAAAUAAAAAGCUUUUUAACCCCGUUUCUCUCCCAGUUUCAAUUAAUUGAAACAGACCAAAAAGUGCUCAAGAUAUGCAUAACCUUAAUAAAAACUCUCCACGAUACUCUCCUUAUUGAUACCACCAGCACCCAAAUCGCGAGGCGCCAUCUCACCCAAGCGAAAGACACUUUCAAUAACACUCAACUCGGUAGCGGUAGUAUCCAUACCCGUUACGGCUAACCAGUCGUUAACAACCAUUCCGGCGCCCACGACGGGGCUGCCCCGAUUAACACUGCCCGCGACGAGGGGCACCUGGAGGAGUGAGGAGAGUUCAUCUUGGUCCCUGAUGGAGGUCUUGGGGUGGACGACGCCGCCUUGGUUCGAGAGGGCCAUGUAGGAGCCUGUUAGGACGUUGUCGGCAAUUGUUUGGCGGAAGACUUCUACACCUAGGACAUCGGCGAUUCUAUAGUUUCGAUUAGCUCUUCCUCCAAUAAAUAAAUAGCAUCCUUGGGGGGGUACAUUUCUUCGGUCUCCCGCUCCAGAUCGGGAUGUACCAGUGCGACAUGGUCAUUGCAACAAAUGACAUUUCCUAGGGCUGAGAGACGUUCUUCUAUCCGUUGGAUCUUGACAGUGUCCGGGAGAUGGUUGCGAAGAUGUUGGAGUUCCUGAUCUGUUGUCGUCGUUGGGACAAGGAGACCUUUGCGGUUACUAAAUGCAUCGUUAGUCGUCGCCCUUUUCUUUUGGGAGUUUUUUUUUUUUUUUAUAUAGAAAAAUUCAUACCCAGCCGUUAACCUUCCAACAAUCCUCGUUCCGGAAAUUGUGGCGCGACAGAUAGGAAUGACAUCCUGGAGUUCUGCUUCGAAGACACUGCGCGAGUCAGAUUUUUUUUGUGUUUGCUGGAAUAUUGCCAAAAUAAAGAAAUGCACAUAUAUAAGAGAGAGAUAUAAUAUGCAUAUAUAACGAAGCGACCAAAGGGGGGAAAAUCACCUGUAAAAAUUCUCAGAUGCACCGACAGCCACAAUAGCGUACGAGUUUGUCAGUUUAGCAAAAACACCAACUCUGUGAGAAGAAAAAAAAAAAAAAAGGCAAAAUUAGCGCGCGAACUCUAAACAGAUGAGAAAAUAUCUCCUACUCGUUGGAAUUCUCGAAUUGUGCGCGCACAGCCAUGGCGAGUUACUGCGAAUUGGGAUCUUGCUGUGGAGGGGAAAUGGUGGGGGAAGAGAAGAGAUAAUUUCAGGACGGAAGUCCAAGACAAACGACGACCUCCACCACAAUCAGCUGGGUAUCAACAACGAGAAGAGGAAUAAAUAAUAGAAAGAUCUAUCUUCGACAGAUCAAACGGGAAAGGAAGAAGAUCGGAGUUUUCGAAGUUUGUUGCGAUGGAGACGGGUGGGUGACGUCGACGGAAGAGUCUUCGAGAUGAAGGUGAAGAAGCA